GCUAGUCAGUGCAGGCAGAGCUGUGUCCAGAGCAGAGUGCGGACACGCGCGAGCUGCGGCGGCGUCGCUGGCUCUACUACAUUCGCUUUCUGCACGAGUGUCUGCGUGCGUUGUAUCGCUGCUGCCAGCGAGAGAGGCGUACGGACGUAUCGAUACCGCAGUCGAUCCGAAAGGCGCCCCCGUCGUCGUCCAAAGCACACCACUGUGCUCGCCUCGCAGCACGUUACUCCGACCCAGUACGUGAGUUCGCCGUGUCAAAGAUCAAUAAAUAUAUUAUCUUACCUGCUGCUCGUUCGAAUCCUCGCUUGUUCUUUGCUCCGAGCAGGAAAAGCCUGCGAAGCCGCUCAUCUGCUGCUGCCACUGCUGCUCGAUCGUCCCGCCGAGGUCAGCCUAAUGCGCUGCGUUCUGUAAUUGCUCCGAAUCGCUGCGAUACAUUUUUCAGGCACAGGACGACCGAGAAAUCAACCUGGCGACCAUGCACUCUUUCGACUCGAUGAUGUAAACUCUCGCAGCUCGCUCGCCGUCGAUCAAUCAAAUGCACGACAAAAAACAAGGAUAAUAAUUCAGCUACUUGGCACUGAGUAUCGAGAGUUUUUCGUUCGUUCAAAGUUCAAGUUCAUUGGACAUUAAAAAAGGCCACCAUGACGAUGGGAAAGUGUUUUCGAAUUUACGAAAAGCUAAAGCCUCCGAGCCCGCAUUCCAUUAUUAUGGAACAUCGGAAUUGCAAUCAAACCCUUCUCUUCGAAUCUCAAGUUGUGGCUGUUUUAAGGGAGCACGAAACAGAGUCAUUGAAAUCUCAGUACGUAAAAUUAUUGGAUGCCUAUGGAUGUCUCGGAGUUCUUCAGUUCAAUUAUGGAGACAGUUCAUUUUUGUACUUGGUCAUGGUGACGGGCUGUUUUUCCGUGGGAAAAAUCUACGACUCGGAAAUAUUUCGGAUAACUCAGACUCAUUUCAUCGCGCUGCAUUACAGCCAAUCGAAUAACGAGGACCGAAUAUCCGAAAUAAAAAAGGUACUGAAUUCGGGUACAUUUUACUUCUCCUGGUCGGCGGGGACGCAGCACGUGCUCGACCUGACUCUGAGCGUCCAACAGAGGUACUCGCUCAAUACGACGGACAACCGGUUCUUCUGGAACCGCAUGCUGCACAUACACCUGCAAAGAUUCGGCGUGGACACGGACAACUGGCUGCUCAAAGCCAUUUGCGGCAGCAUCGAGAUCAGGACGGUUUACGUGGGUCACCGUCAGGCUCGCGCCGUAAUCGUCUCGCGACUGAGCUGCGAGAGAGCCGGCACGAGAUUCAACGUGCGAGGCAGCAACGACGACGGCCACGUGGCCAACUUCGUGGAAACCGAGCAGAUUAUUUAUCUCGACAACGAGGUGUCGUCUUUCAUACAGACCCGAGGCUCCGUUCCGCUGUUUUGGGAGCAGCCCGGCGUCCAGGUAGGAUCUCACAAAAUCAAAAUUUCCCGUGGUUUCGAAGCUUCCUCGCCGGCUUUCAAUCGCCACUUCAACCUGGUGAAAAAGCGCUACGGCCAGCAGGUCAUCGUGAAUCUUUUGGGCACGAGCCUGAUCGGCAGCAAGGAAGGCGAAGCUCUGCUCAGCCAACUCUAUCAAAGCCAUCAAGCGAGUUCCCGUCACCAUGACAUUCCGCACAUUAUUUUCGACUACCAUCAGGAGUGCCGCGGGGGCAACACCAAGAGCCUGCAGAAACUCAAGGAAAAAAUCGAGAGCUACUUGCAAGAUUAUUCCUUCUUCCAUGCGGUGGGGGACGAAAUUAUGCAGUCGCAAGUGGGCACGGUUCGCACCAACUGUCUCGACUGCCUCGACAGAACCAACUGCGUUCAAACGUUCAUCGCGCUCGAGAUGCUUCGGGAGCAGUUGGCCGUAUUCAAAGUAAUCGAUAAGCAGCAAGUUGUCUCGAGAUUCGACGAGGUUUUCCGUCAAAUGUGGGUCAACAAUGGGAACGAGAUAAGCAAAAUUUACGCAGGCACAGGAGCUAUCCAGGGUAGUUCCAAGUUGAUGGACGGCGCCCGAUCGGCCGCCAGAACCAUUCAAAACAACCUUCUGGAUUCGAAUAAACAAGAGGCCAUGGACGUGCUGCUGUUCGGCUCGCCGCUCAACACGGAGCUAGCCGACCGAGCUCGGACGCUCCUGUCUUCGAACAUGCUGCACGCCCCGUCCAACGUACUGAGGGAAAUGUGCAAACGUUACAAGGAAUUCGUCGAUAGGAAACCGCUGCGCGUGGCCUGCGCCACGUACAACGUCAACGGGGGAAAACAUUUCCGUAGCGUCGUCUACAAAGACGUUUCGCUGACCGACUGGUUGCUGGACGCUCCGAAAUCCUCAGCGAGCUUGGAAGAGCAAAUAAAUGGCUCGGACCCGGUGGACGUGUUUGCCGUGGGCUUCGAAGAAAUCGUCGACCUCAACGCCUCCAACAUAAUGGCGGCCAGCAGCGAGAACGCAAAGGCCUGGGCAGAGGAGCUGCAAAAGGUUUUGUCCCGGGACAACGAGUACGUACUGGUGACGUACCACCAGCUCGUCGGCGUCUGCCUCUACGUGUUCAUCAAGUCGACCCUGGUCGAUAAUCUCAGAGACGUCGCCGUGGACAGCGUGAAAACUGGCCUGGGGGGCGCGACCGGCAACAAAGGCGCCGUAGCGAUUCGCUUCGUUUUAAAUUCCACCUCCUUCUGCUUCGUGUGCGCUCAUUUCGCGGCUGGCCAGUCGCAAGUGCACGAGCGCAACGCGGACUACGCCGAGAUCACGAGGAAGAUCGUCUUCCCCAUGGGCAGGACCCUCAACGCUCACGAUUACGUGUUCUGGUGCGGAGACUUCAAUUACCGCGUGGACAUGGACAAGGACGAAAUGAAAGAGAUGAUAAAGCGCAACGAACUCGAUGAAAUAUUAAAAUUCGACCAGCUCAAGGUGCAGCAGGAUCAAGGCAAUGUCUUUAAAAAUUAUUCAGAGGGACCUAUCAAUUUUGCCCCCACCUACAAGUACGAUUUGUUCUCCGAUGAUUACGACACGAGCGAGAAGUGCCGUCAGCCGGCUUGGACCGAUCGAGUGCUCUGGAAGAGGCGAAAACUUCACGACGUCGAGAUCGACCACGACUGGAAUCCAGGCAACAUAGUGUUUUACGGCAGGGCCGAGCUGAAGCAGAGCGACCACAGGCCGGUCAUCGCCAUUAUCGACGUGGAUUAUUGCUGCAUCAACGAGGACAGGCGGAACAAAGUUUUUCGCGAAGUCGUCGGAGAUCUGGGCCCUCCUGACGGCACGAUUAUUCUCCAUCCCGAAGAUUCUUCCGACGACGUCGACAACAUAUACGACGACAAUUUCAUGACUACUCUGGUGCAAGAUCUCUCGGAAUUGGGAGAAGUACUGCUGGUGAGAUUCGUGGACGACAGAGUUUGUAUCACGUUCAGAAAUGGCCAGAGUGCCAUGUCAGCCGCGCAAAAAGGUACCAUUAAUAUUUACGGCCAGAGCUUGGCGAUAACUCUGAAAACGCCUGAUUGGGUGAGCUGCGUGGAGAAGGAGAUCCAGGCCCUCGGGGACAGCAGAAGCGGCGCGUCGUGUCCAGUGCGACGCGUCGAGGCGAUUCCGAGCCACCCGACGAGGCCGCCGCCACCUCCGAGGCCAACCCCCCCGGCGCGACCUCCACAGCCGAUGACGCCCAAGAGGGAAGUGGUCGCCACUUAUAACACGUCGGCCGACGACAAUUCGUCCGAGACGGACUUUGCUAUCUACGAGGAAAUUCCGGAAACUCCCGUGAGAACUAAUGCGCCCAGGCCACCGAGCGCCGUGCCACCGCCUUUGCCGCCGAGGCAAGGACCUCUUCCCCCUCCUCGCAAUCCUCCUCCACCGCCUCCACCAAAUGCUCAGUAGGACAUUGUGUAAAUGACCAAAUGCCGAUGAAAAGUUUGUACUUUUUAUUUACAGCACCUUAUCGACACCUUAUUACGACUCGCAUUCAAAAUGUUUUCUCUUAUGUCUUGAGACGAUUGUAAUUGUUGUCUGAACAAUUAUUGUUCUAUGUAAACUUGUAUCAUGCCAGUAUCGAUAAUAUUAACAGUUUUAAACUUUAUUUAUAUUAAAUGUGUCACGUAUAUAAUUAGCAGAGUCGCUGAUGUAACUAUAUGCUGCUUCAUACGACACGUGAAAAGAACUUUAUUUACUAUGACUACUAUUGUUAACGCUGAAACUAUACAAUUCAACUGAAUUAGAAUAUGCAUAAAGUACUUUUUGACUGUUGUGUUUGAAAAAUUGAUAAGUUUAUAAUUAAGAAAUAAGUGAUGGCAUUUAUUUACAAUUUAACAUCACACUUAUUCUUUCACGAACAAUGAAUAAUUGAUGUAGCUAUAAGUUGUUACUUCAUCUAUCUGUACUUAUCAUUAUUAUUUUCUCUGUAGUAAAAAGUGUGGACGAAAGCAUUUAUUGCGUCGAAUCUCAAUUCUUCACAUUGAAAAUUUCAAAAAUAACACGUACUCCAAAGUAAAUAAUGCUAUGCUUAAUCUUCUAGGGAAAAAUGAGUAUUUGAGCGUACUGCAAACUCAUAAGUAUUAAUUGUGUACAUAAAACAGACUCUAUUUUUUUAAAUAAAAACACAUGUACAUCUGCAGAGAUUAAUCGUGCACAUACUACGUAUAUUCGCGUUGAGAAUUUUUUAAUUUCUAUAGAUGUUGAAUCUUAUAGUAAGAUCGAAAUUUAUUCAUUCAAAAUUUAAUAUGUACUGGUUUCUUACAUUUUAUUUUAAAGAAAACAUAGGAUCGUUUAUAAAAAAUUUAUCAUGCGAAGAAAUGCUAGUUGACUGAAGGUUCAAGCAGGCUUUAUUGAGGUUUAUUUUUGAUAUCUACUAAGUAUGAACUGUUACUUCUGAUACGAAUUUACUUUAAUUAUUAUCAUUAGAAAAUUUAUAAAAAAUAAUUUUUAGUAAUUAAAAUAUUUUUAAUAUCAAGUCAUGAUGAAACAUUCUACAAAAUGUUAUGUUUAAAAACAAUAUAUAAAUAAAAUAACAGUAGGUGUAAAUAAGAAA